AUGUCGACCAGAGCCCCAGCUACAACUCCGAUCGUCAUCCAAGGCCCGCCCUCGGUGCGCAUCCCCUCUCACGAAUCUGGCGCAUUCCACACCCCAAAAGAUUUUUCACCCCUAGAUGCCGAUUUAAAGAGCUCGGAUUUCUUCAUGGCCGAGGACGCGCCGGGGGUAAACCCCCCCGACUAUCCAAUCACGACAUCCACUGCUGAGACAGGGCCCGAAGCACUCGAGAAUGAAACAACGACCGCGGUAUCGGACUCUGAAGACAUCAGUAUCCUUCCUCCCCUGACCGAUCGCGACGACAGUAGCUUGUUCCCCUUGAGCGAAAAUGGCGACCAUGAGCGAGGAAACAAUCAGACGCUCAUUGAGGAGCGCGAAAUGCGCCACAAAUUGAUGGACAUGGAGUCAAGCUUUCUACCGGAACCUUCGACCAUUGACGUCGCCGGGACCGGCCCAAGGGUCGGCGCGGAUGAUACCUACCUGGUCGGUGUCGAUGGUGGUUACGACCCUGACAUGACCCAACAAACUGAAUCGUCACAAUUCUCAUUCAUCCCGCCCUCGGACACGAACCCGGACUAUGGUCACUACCAAGAGGAUUCCUACGAGACCAAAGACCAUGACGAGCCUGAACCUACGACGGCCGUCCAUGGAGAAGAUCUCGUCGGCAACGAGAGCACGCUAGACUCGUUGACUUCAUCGCCUUCAGCUGCUGCCAUGUUUCGAAACAUGCGCCGCAACCAAUCCAUGUUAUCCGAAGACAACCCUGAUAACAGCCAAUUUUCUCAAGACGAGCGGGCUUUCAGGUCUCAAGUUUCCCAGUCUGAUGAAUCACAGCUUACGCCCUCCAAGCUUCGAAAGUCCUCUCGCAGUUUAUCCCCUGCUCAAUCAAGGCUAUUCAGUGACCAAAGCUUCAGUGCUGGGGGCAGUCGUCGCAGUGGAAGCCGGCCUAAGUACCUGACUAGCCGUCAAUCCGCCAACCGUCUCUCACAUUCUUCAAUCGCCAGCAACAAUACGACCAACACAGAUGGCACACACAGCGAUGCGACGCUGGGAGCAGAUUAUGCGCUUCAAUCUGGAGGAGCAGCGUCAGACAACUGGGGCGGAUUGCACCCAGGAUCGCGCGGCCACAUGACCCGAACGACCAGUCUAGGAAGUAUGGCAUCUGGGGUCUCAGGAUAUAGUGAAGAGAAUUCUCUAGAGAGGCGGCCCCUUGCCGGGCAAGUCGAUGGGAGUCUGCAGACUUUGCCAGAGGAGAGUUCACCACAGUCCCCCCGGCAUCAAGCUGGAUUCGAGGACACAUCAGCACCGGCAACGCCUAAGGCCAAACCUCAGGAUCGAGAUUUCCCGACGGAUACGGCAAUUGCAGAGCGUGUCAAGGGAAUCCAGGUACCUACCACUUUUGCGCAACGGUUCCGAGAAGACUUUGGCAAUAUGGGGCCGUCUCCCGAGAAGCGCACUGGUGCUUCAACUCCGGCGCUUGGGCGAAGUGGCCUUGGCCGCAACAUGACCCUCAAAGAACAAAGCAGCACCAUUGAUCGUUUGUCAAAAGAAAAUUUCGACCUCAAAAUGCGCAUCCAUUUCCUCAACGAAGCGCUGAAUAAGCGGUCUGAGGAAGGAAUAAAGGAAAUGAUAUCAGAGAAUGUUGAACUCAAGUCGGAUAAGCUGAAGAUCCAGAAAGAUAGCCAAGGCCUGAAGCGCAAAAUUCGUGAGCUGGAAAAACAGUUAAAAGAUCAGCAAUCAGACAAGGAAUCUAUGCUCAACCAUGACCCUGAAGCAUCAGACGAAGGAGGCGACCGGGAAUCCGCCAAUGAAACCGAGAUCACUUAUUUGCGUGAGAGAAUCGAAACCUAUGAGCUUGAAAUUGAACGAUUGAGAUCUGAGAGCAUUGGAAGGGAGAGUGAAAAGCGGCGCCUUGCCGAAAUGGUGAAAUCGUUGAGCGAGAACCGCACCGGCGCGUCAGAAUCCGGCGCGAGGGAGGAGAGGGACAUGUGGAAGGAUAUGCUUGAUGCAGAGGCGGCAGCUCGUGAGCAGGCUGAAGAGGAGAACCGACGACUACGAGACGAAUCCAUUCGUCUGCGGAGUGAGCUUUAUACGUCAGCUGGUGGUUCAAAGAUACCAUCGCGGGAUAGAGGUAACUCCACUGUUUCGUAUAACUCAGCCUUGGACAGGGAUGGCAACCGUGGCGCUGCUGCGGUGAGUACCUCCAAUAGCACACUUAUGGUGGAGCUGGAACUCUUGAAGCAAGAGAAUGCCGAAUUGAGAAAGGAGGUCAGCGCCCAAACAUCCAUGCUCACGUCCCGCAACAGAGAAAAGGAGCGUCUUUACCAAGAAAUCGAGGAAUUGAAGCUUGGCCAUGGUCGCCAUGCUGGCCGGUCCGUGGCUGGAGACAGUAUCUUUGACCGUUCGGUCUCCCGGGCGCAAGGAAGACCUGGCUCUGAACCCAGUGAUGGCGGCGUAUCACGUAGUGAUAUGGAUCGCGAGGAGCUCGACGCUCGAAAUGGGCAGCUCCGGGAUCAGGUGUCAACCCUUAAACUCGAAAAUCAGGCCAUUCGCAGCCAGCUGGAUGAAUACGUCAGGGAACUGGAGGCUCUCGAUAAGGCCUAUCAAGCUGAUGUGGAUCAAGCCGAAGAGGAAAUGACGAAAUUGCAGCAGGAGCGGGACCAGUCUCUUCAAGAGCGAGACCAGGCCCUUCAAAUGGCUGAUGAGCGCGAUGCUGCCUUCCAAGAUCUCCGAGCUGAGGCUCAAGAGGAACUUGAUGCCCUUGGCGAAGAACUUGAUCAGAAGAUUGUUGAGUGUCAGCGCAUGGGUGAAGACCUAAGGAACCAGGACGAGAGCCUCAGGGUGCUGCAGGCAGAGAUGCGCUCGGCCAGCGAGGGGAUCAUUCGACUCGAAGAAGAUGCGCAAAACAAUCUAGAGCGGUACAAGGCUGUCCAACAGGAGCUUGAAGAGACCCACGGCGACAUGGAGUCUCUGGAGAAGAGCCUCUUUGAGGCUAACAGCAAGGUACAGAGACUGACUGUGCAAAUUGAAUCCAGCCAGAAUGAAAUCGCAUUCCUCCGAGAAGAGCAAGAUGGUGAUAAGAUUCGCAUCGGAGAUUUGGAGUCAGAAUUGAAGACGUACCACAUGAGUCUGGUCAGCGAGAAAGAAAAGACAAGAGAGCUCGAGCAACGACUUGCCGAUGAGCGACACCAGCGCGAAGUAGUUGGAAGCAAGGAGAAGCAAGAAGUCCAGCGAAUCAUGAACGAGCUGAACCGCGAAGCUUCAACGGCCAAGGAAGAGGCGCGACGAUUGAAGAAGAGUUUAUCGACUCAGGAGAUUGAAACCUCGACCUGGCGGGAGCGGCUUAUGGAUCUUGAGAACAACCUUCGAGAGACACUCGGAGAUCUGAGCGGCAGCCGAUCAAGCAUGAUCUCCAAUAUCAUGAAGCUUCAGAAAGAGCUGGAGUCCACCGCUCUUGAGCUGGAGAGUGUCAGAUCUCAACUAGAUGAGAAGGAAUCGCUACUUCGAAACCGGGAUGCUCUCCUAGAAAGCCACGGCCUUGAGUCUCGGAAACUCUCUGAACUCCUAGAGCGCGAGCGUCAGUCCCGUCGGGCUGAUAAGCAAUCUUUCGAGCAGGCACUCAAGUCUCACCAGCAGGCUUCUCGGACCAUCACCCAAAGCAACUCUCGAAUUACAGAUCUGGAGAAUGCACGCAACCAGGACCGCAAGCGCUUCACGUCUCUUGAGCAACAAUUUAAGGACCAACUUAGCGAACGCAACUCACUGUUCUUGGCGAUUUGGAAACGACUCUCCUCGAUCUGUGGUCCAGACUGGGCGCACUCCAACAGUCUCAUCAACGGCAAUCUUCCCAGCCAGGAAGUCAUUGGCAACAUUUUAUUCUGGCCAGGCUUUAGCCGCAACCUGAUGCUUGCCAUCAAGACAGUUGAGGGCGUGGUCGCGCAGUUCAAGGGCCGCAUCAGAGCCGUGGAGGUUGACCUGAACAAGCAUUACCAGCAUCUUGAGCAUUCUUUUGCUCAGCGUGUCCGGCGACUCGAUCGUGUUGAAGAAGCCGUCAAGAACAUGCGUGCCGGAAACCACUCGCACUCAAGCUCAACAUCGGAGCUGUCUAAGUUGCGAGGGGAGAAUCGGCUAUUAAAGGCCGAAAUCAAUCUGCUUCAAUCCAACACGCGGGGCCACGGGGCAGCAUCCUCGGCCGCCGCCGCAAUGAUGGCCUCGGGUCCACGGUCCCCGUCGCUCAGCUCUACUGCAGAUGCAGAGCGCCAAUUGACCCGUCACAGCUCCACAUCGGGCAACAGCGAGAAACCACGCUCGGAACGAGGCCUCACCCGCGGUACCUCGGGUCUGCCGCAACCAACUUACUCGUCUUCAGGCAGCACAUUAGCCAAUACCAACAACUCAGGCGCAAUGGUUCACCGGACGCGCAGUGGACAACAGAGCAACUGGGAGGGCGGGGACGACAAGUGGAUUCACCGAUUGCACGAGCUGGAGAAGCGACUCAAGGCAGAACGAGAGGGCCGUCUCCUUGACCGUAGCGGUGCACGAAAGCGACUGGAGGAGCGAGAUAAUGAGAACCAGAAGCUCCGUGAUCAGCUUCAGCGUGAGCGUACCCGCAAACCUUCGGGGGCUAUUGACGCUGGACGCAAUCGAGCCCCUGUCUCGGACGAAAAUCCUAGCUCCAGCGAAGGGGAAGGCAUCAUCUUAGAUAUUGAGGUUUGA